CAGCGCAAACUUCUUUGAGAAAUUAUAACGAAAAGUUUAGUAUCUGAUUUCUUGCAGAUGAAUGAUAAAUCGGAGAUAAUCAAACAAUAAAUUCGCUCCCAACGUUUUCUAAUCUUCGAUUUACGUGAUAAAUGAUCUAGCAGAUCACGUUGAAACAUCUGUUAUAGUUACAUCGUUAUAUGUAGAUGCAGAUAGUUGCAAGCAAUUGUGUCGUGUGGUGGUGGCGGCCAAUGUGUCAGAACAUGUAAAUAGUAUCAGAGGAAAAAUGUCUGAGAAAAUUCCUUCCAACCAACCUCAGCCUAUCGUUAAGAUAGGUCAUUACACACUUGGGCAAACCUUGGGUGUUGGGACAUUUGGCAAAGUUAAAAUCGGAGAACAUGUUCUAACAAAACACAAAGUGGCUGUGAAAAUCCUGAAUCGUCAGAAGAUCAAAAGUCUGGAUGUAGUCGGGAAGAUAAGACGAGAAAUUCAAAACCUUAAACUCUUCAGACAUCCUCACAUUAUUAAACUGUAUCAAGUGAUAAGCACUCCUACAGACAUAUUUAUGAUAAUGGAAUAUGUAUCAGGUGGAGAAUUGUUUGACUACAUAGUGAAGCAUGGAAAACUGAAGGAGUAUGAGGCACGGAGAUUCUUUCAACAAAUUAUAUCUGGUGUUGACUAUUGUCACAGGCAUAUGAUAGUCCAUCGUGACUUAAAGCCAGAGAAUCUUCUAUUAGAUCACAAUCUACAUGUAAAAAUAGCAGACUUUGGUUUGUCAAACAUGAUGAUGGACGGAGAAUUCUUACGCACUUCUUGUGGUUCUCCUAAUUAUGCUGCGCCUGAAGUCAUUUCGGGCAAAUUGUACGCCGGUCCAGAGGUGGACAUCUGGUCGUGCGGAAUAAUACUUUACGCUCUGCUUUGCGGUACUCUGCCAUUUGACGAUGAACAUGUACCGACGCUAUUUCGUAAAAUUAAAUCUGGUGUCUUUCCCAUUCCGGAGUACCUGAAUAAAACUGUUGUCAGUCUUCUGUGUCACAUGCUACAGGUGGAUCCGAUGAAAAGGGCGACUAUCGAGGAUAUCAAGAAACACGAGUGGUUCCAAAAGGAUUUACCGUCGUAUUUGUUCCCGUCGCCUGUUGAACAAGACUCGUCCGUUAUCGAUAUAGACGCGGUGAACGAGGUUUGCGAAAAGUUCAACGUAAAAGAAGCCGAGGUUCAUUCCGCGUUACUCGGCGGCGAUCCGCACGAUCAAUUGGCGAUUGCCUAUCAUCUUAUCAUAGACAAUAAGAGGAUCGCGGAUGAGGCAGCUAAAGCGGAGUUGAAAGAUUUCUACGUGGCUUCUAGCCCGCCGCCCGUUGCCUUCAGUCCGAAUGACGCUAGUAGCAGCCCUUUGAGGCCACAUCCAGAGAGAAUAGCGCCAUAUCGAGAGAGGCAAAGUUCUCAAGGAAGCACAUCGUCUUCGAUGCAGGGACCCCGAGGCACGCCCGUGAAACGAGCUAAAUGGCAUUUGGGUAUUCGCUCACAGUCCAAACCAAACGACAUCAUGAACGAAGUUUAUCGAGCGAUGAAAGCUCUUAAUUUUGAAUGGAAAAUUAUGAACGCCUACAGCGUGAGGGUACGCCAGAAGAAUAAAAUUACAGAUAGGUACAGCAAAAUGUCGUUGCAACUGUAUCAAGUCGAUUACAAGAGUUAUUUGCUUGACUUCAAAUCCUUGUCGAAUGAAGAGGAGGAUAUUGGUCGAGAUCCCACGCUCCCACCACCUCAAGCAACUGGCCAUCAUACGAUGGAAUUCUUUGAAAUGUGUGCGGCGUUAAUCACGCAACUGGCUCGAUAAAAUUGCUGCUAUAUAAUGUUAUGAAUCAUCGGUUUCUUUUUUUUAGAAGUAUUGGUCAUUCCAUGUAUAAUGUGAAUAUUUUUACGAGUAACGAUUGCUCGAGACGAAAUAGAGGAUCCAGUUUUUGUUAAUGGAAUACUUGCAUCAUUUAUGGGACGACCUGAUGUUUUAACGUCGUUGUUGUAUACUUUAUACGUAUGCGUGUUAAUCACACGGCUCAUAGGAUAAAGGGGGUCAAUUUAGAAAGAAAAUAAAUACAAAUCUCGCCAAA